AUGCCGCUGCAGGAUGCCGCUGUGGGACCAAGUCCAACUGAGGUCUACAACCUCCGCCCGGAAGACAUUUACCUGGUUCACGAUGACCUGGACAAGGCCCUGGGCAAAGUGGCCAUCAAGCUGGGAGGCAGCGCAAGGGGACACAAUGGGGUCCGAUCCUGCAUCAGUGCUCUGCGCUCCAACGAGAUGACCCGGCUCAGGGUGGGCAUCGGGCGGCCGGAGGGUGACGUGACAGUGUCCAGCUACGUCCUGGCUCCGUUCAGCGCCGAGGAGCAGGAGAGGCUGGAGCAGGUGCUGGCCACGGUUUACAAGGCCAGACAGGAUGAAGCUCAGAGUAACCUCAUCUGA